UCCACUAAAGAGGUAUGUCUUUGGGUCAAGCCAGGUAUAAAAAUUGGCGGCAUAAGUGACGGAGAAAGGCAUAGAUUUUUUAGGUCAAGUAAAAUUAUCACAUGGUUAAAAAAAAGGAAAAAGAAAACCUUAAAUAAGAUCAUUGGGCUCUGUGCUUCAAUUUUUUGGGCCAUCCGCAUCUAACUGAGGUGGCACUUGCAAAAUUUUGAUUUUUGUCCGAAGAAUUAUCACUGUGAGACUCCGUAUACAGCCUUUUGAUAUAAUGAGUGUUUGGUGUAACACUAGGCUACUUGUUGUUAGUUCCUGCUGUCUCGAGAUCUUUGCUAAUCUGUCUAGUUGAUGUUCAUUUCUUUUUCUUGAAGUGCUUAGUGCUUUCUAUUCUCUCCCUUGUCUCGUAACAUAAAGAAAAACAGGGCUCCCUGUGCACAUUGACCAAGCAACAAUAUAUGCAAAAGCGAAACCUUUUUCCUUUCUCUUCCUCUUUCUCAUAGACAUCUCAGUUAACCCUUUUAAGGUCAAGUUGAAAAGUUCUCAUCUUUCAACCAAAAAGCUGCCUGAACUUCUGAUUUGAGGUGGCCUUUUUUUUUCUCUGGCUUUUUGGACAUUGAUUACUUGAGCAAUGGAAGUUGGUUGUAAGCUUGAAGUAGAUGUCAAUGGUGAUGAAAUUUUCGUGGUGGACAAGAAAAUUCUUGCGUGUUUCUCAGGAAGAUUCAGAAGAUUAUUUGCAAAAUUGACGGGUAGUAGUACAGGACACCUGAAAGUGAUAUUUCACGAUUUUCCCGGAGGUGCAGAUGGUUUUGAGCUUGUUACAAGGUUUUGCUACAACAAUGGGGCAAUUGCAAUAACUCCCUCUAAUGUAGUCCUACUAAAUUGUGCUGCUUAUUUCAUGGAAAUGGACAGGAAUAGCUCAGCAACACCAAAUCUAUUGUACCAAACUGAAAAAUCGCUUGAAGGAGUCAAUUGCUGGACUUGGUCUGAGCUCCUAAUAGCUAUGAAGCAAAUCCAAGAUUUGCUUCCUGCAAUGAAUUCUUCAUUUUUACUUGAGAAGGUUUUGGAUCCUCUCAUAGGAAGGCUUGCUUUGCCUACUGAUGCAAGCCCAUUUUCAUAUUCCUCAGAUAAUUUUAGUUCUCAGUUUUCUUCUGAAAUAAGCAGCACCUGUAGUACAAGAAACAACUGCUCUCCGACAACUUGGUGGUUUGAAGAUCUUCUGUUCUUGAAUGUUGAUUUGAUCGGCAAAGUGAUAAGAAUGUUGAUUUCCCAGAAAUUAGACCACGCUACCAUUUUCAAGUUCCUCAUUUUUUAUCUGAAAUCAAGACUUACUGUUGUAAUACUCUCUGAGAAGUGCCAAAUCGUGGAGGUUGUUAUCGAUCUGAUAUUCUUGCUUGACAGGACUUGCCUUUCUUGCAAGGUUUUGUUUGAUAUUCUUCGUAUCACUUCAAGUAUGAAAAGAAUAAAUAAAUGCUACAAAUUCAAGUUAGAGAGACUGAUAGGUUCAAAGCUGGAUCAAGCAACUUUGAAUCAUGUGCUGGUUCGAUCUCCACAGGGGAAGAAUUCUAUGUAUGAUGUUGAUUUAGUUCUAAGGCUUGUAGAAGGUUAUCUUCUUCAAGGUUGGAUGCUUCCAAGUCGAUUGAAGAAGGUUGGUAGCCUGAUCGAUUCAUUUCUUGUAGAAGUGGCUUCAGAUAUUCUCCUGAAACCUUCAAAGUUUGCAGCUUUAUUAACGGUGCUGCCAAAUUCUGCAAGAGAAUCUAAUGACAAGCUCUACCAAGCUAUUGAUUUAUAUAUUGAGGUCCAUAAUCAAUUAUGUCAAGAGGAAAAGAUAAGAUUAUGUUGUGCACUGAAUCAUGAUGAGCUCUCAGAAGAAGCUUUGAAACACAUGGCUCAAAACUCUAAGUUUCCAUCGAGGGCUGAAGUUCAAGUCUUUAUUGCUCGGCAAUCCAAGCACAGUAACUUCUACUCCCUCAAGAAUGAAAUUAAUGGCCUCUCAUUUUAUAGCAUAGACAAGGCAAAAAUGACUGAAAGAGAAUACACUGAGCAAGUCCUUCCUCUUCCAAGAAAGUAUGAACAUAUAAUGGAUAGUGGGAACCUUGAAACACGCUUGCAAGAAAUGCACUGCAGCGUAACAGAAUUGGAGAAGGUUUGUACAAUAAUGGAGUCCCAGGUACCAAAUGUAACAAAACGAAAAUUAUGUAAUCAGGGUAAAUUUAGACCAUUUCCAAAACUCUGUUCAUGUUAAGAAAUAUCCGAAUGUGCAUAUUUUCUUUCAUUCUCUUGCCAAUGUGCCUAGUUCGGAAGGAAACAAAUAUACCAGUUUACAGAUGUAACAGUUUCUUCUUCUGCCAAGUUGAAUGGAAAUCACAUAUUACUCGA